AUGGCCACUGAUCUAAGUAGAACGAGGACCGCCCCGGAUAAUCGGCCUCGCCAACUGUCACGCACACGCGAUCCUUUAAGACGAGCCAGAUCAAGUCCGGAAGAUGGAAUUCAUCAACUAUUUUCGCCUCAGUUCAUGGAUGACCACGGAGCUCAUCAAUAUUACGCCAACGCGGUACGAGACGAUCUGAGUGAGGCAUCGACCGCCCCCGACGAAGAUGAUACUUCCAGUUCCAGUGAGUCGGUGGAGGAGGUCAGAUUUGGCAUCCGAAACACGAGGGAUAGCCAAGAUGUCGAGGCGAAUCGUCCCGAAUUGAUCAGAGAGAAAUCUACGAGGACAAUAAAGGAUCCGAAUCUGGUCGCUUGGGAAAGUCCAGAGGAUCCAGAAAAUCCCAAAAAUUGGACCUAUAAAAAGAAAUGGGCGGCGACCCUGAUCGUAUCUUCCUUUACAUUCAUUUCCCCAGUAUCCUCCUCGAUGGUUGCCCCAGCCUUGAACAAGAUCGGUCAAGAUCUGGGUGUCGAGUCGGAUAUUGAGAAGUCUCUGAUGUUGUCCAUCUUCGUGUUGGCUUACGCGAUCGGCCCCCUAUUUCUCGGCCCCCUGUCUGAGAUAUAUGGCCGAGUUAUCGUCCUGCAAUUGUCGAAUCUAUUCUUUUUAGCAUUCAACAUCGGCUGUGGGUUUGCCCAAUCAAAAGGUCAGCUCAUUGCAUUCCGUUUCCUGAGCGGACUGGGAGGCUCUGCCCCACUGGCACUUGGCGGCGGAGUACUGAGCGAUUGCUGGCGUGCUGAAGAACGGGGCAAGUCAAUCAGUAUCUACUCAUUAGCCCCGUUGCUAGGACCUGCCGUCGGUCCUAUAGCCGGCGGUUUCAUUGCCAUGAAAACAACUUGGAGGUGGUGUUUCUGGUCGACUUCGAUUGUCGAUGCGGGCAUCCAAGUGCUCGGUCUGCUCUACUUGCGAGAAACAUACGCUCCCAAAUUGCUGGCUAACAAGGCCAAAAGGCUCCGUCAGGAGAAUGGCAACCCGGAUUUGCACACUGAAUGGGAGCACCCUGAUAGGACGUUGGGCAAGGUUUUGAGAACAAGUCUGGUCCGUCCAUUUCGACUUCUUGGAACACAACCUAUCAUUCAAGCUCUUGCCGUCUAUAUGGCCUAUUUGUACGGACUCAUGUAUCUGGUCUUAUCCACUUUCCCCACGGUCUGGACGGAGGUCUACCAUGAAACGACGGGCAUUGGUGGCCUCAACUAUGUCUCCCUGGGACUGGGAUUUUUCCUCGGAACCCAAAUCUGUGCCCCCAUCAAUGACCGCAUCUACCGCAAGUUGAAGAAGAGAAACAACAAUGUGGGAAGGCCGGAGUUUCGUGUCCCGUUGAUGAUUCCAGGAGCGAUUCUGGUGCCGGUCGGCCUGUUUAUUUACGGGUGGACCAGUUAUGAACAUACUCACUGGAUUGCACCGAAUAUUGGAGCUUGCAUCUUUGCUGCCGGAACUAUCAUGGGGUUUCAGUGUACUCAAACGUACAUUGUCGACGCUUACUCACGAUUUGCGGCCUCGGCGGUGGCUUCUGCCGUUGUUCUGCGGAGCUUGGCCGGGUUCGGGUUUCCACUUUUUGCGCCAUAUAUGUACCAAGCGUUGGGCCUCGACUGGGGUAAUUCGAUGCUAGGGUUCAUUGCGAUCGGCCUCGGCAUACCCGCACCCGUCCUUCUGUGGAAGUUUGGACAGUCACUGCGUGAGAAGAGCACCUAUGCCGCGGGAUGA